AUGACUGCCGCGUCCCCAUCGACCAAUGGCCCAACUACAGGAACAGGCUACCGGCCUGUGCUUCGCACCAAGGAGAGCGACGACAGCCUCUCCUCCAAGGCGCAGCUAGCCGACCUUGAAGGGCCCGCGCUGUAUGUUCGACCAGACACCCACUUUCGCAACGCAACCUACAUCUUGACCUUUGCCACCAUCGUCCUGCUCUCCACCACAAUCUACGGCUGGCUGCCCUACGCAUACAUCGGCGGCGGCCUCGGGCGUGCCGGGCACGGCUGCGACUGCUCAGGGCCCAAGCCGCCUCAAUACUUCCAGACGUCACCCGAGCUAUGGGCUGGACCUACCGCGACGGGGCGGGCCGCCUUCAUGGCCCAGACGCGGGUCUUUGAGCCCACGGCGACCUUUGUGCCCAACGAGCCCCUGCAGACGUCCAUCCCCAUUGAGGGCAUGCAGCAGGGCAACGAGAGCAUCUUCCAGAUGAUGGGGUUCCUGUCGCCGUAUUCGCCAUCGCCCGGCUUUGGCGUCGACGAGUACCCCAUUCCCGAGGGCGCCGACAUUGUGCAGGUCCAGAUGCUGUCUCGGCACGGCGCACGGUAUCCCACGUCCGGCUCCAACGUGGCCGCCCUGGGCCAGAAACUCGGUCCCCUCGGAGACAACUUCAAGCCUCAGGGGGACCUGGCCUUUCUCAAGGACUGGAAGUACCAGCUCGGCGCCGAAAUCCUCGUCCCCAAGGGUCGCCAGGAGCUGUACGACUCGGGUGUCCUGCAUAGCUACAUGUAUGGCAGGCUAUAUAACCCAAACAGCAAGCUCAUUGUGCGCACAACGACACAGGAUCGCAUGCUCAAGUCCGCAGAGAACUGGGUCUCAGGCUUCUUUGGUCUCGAGUGGACAAAAAAUGCGACCAUUGAGGUGAUCAUUGAGGACGGCGGCUUCAACAACUCCCUGGCCGGCUCACUGAACUGCCCGAACGCGUACGCUAAGUCCACAGGCGGAGAGGCUCAGAAGACCUGGGUUGAGAUUUACCUCAAAGACGCCGUUGCACGUUUCAAUUCAAUGACGAGCGGCUUUGAAUGGACAACCGACGACGUCUAUGCCGCCCAGAAUAUGUGCCCCUACGAGACCGUCGCCUACGGGUACAGCAGAUUCUGCGAGCUGUUCACAUAUCAAGAGUGGCAGGACUUUGGCUACUCCAUUGACCUGGCCUUCUCUGGCAGCAGUGCCUUUCACAGCCCGACGGGACGCGCCGUUGGCCUGGGCUACCAGCAAGAGGUCAUGGCCCGGCUCCGGAACCACACGCUGGGGUACUCUGGCUCGCAGAUCAACACGACGCUCGACGGGAUGCCAGAGACUUUUCCCCUGAACCAGAGCCUGUACUUUGACUUUUCACACGACACCAACAUCGCCUCGGUGCUGACGGCGUUUGGCCUCGUGCAAUUCAAGGAGGACCUGCCGGCCGACAAGAACCCGCUGGACCACGCCUACAAGAUCUCCCACAUCACGCCGUUUGGCGCGCGCCUCGACAUUGAGGUGAUCCGCACGCCCAAGCCGGUCUCGCCCAACCGCGAUGGCUACCUCCGGGGCGGCGAGACAAAGUACGUCCACUUUGUCCUCAAUCAGCGCACGCUGCCCCUAGGCAAGUCAUUCCCCGAGUGCGACCCGGGUCGCAGGGACGGCUGGUGCGAGUUUGACACGUUUGUCAAGGUGCAGGAGGGCAUGCGCGGAAAGGCACAGUACGAGCACGCCUGCUUUGGGAAGUACGAGGCCACGCCGUACGGCGAGGUCACCGACGGCGCACCCGUCCAACCUUGA